GUCCUCGAUUGACGUCCUUCAUUUCACAGCCCAAAUUCCUCUGAGCGAUACUGACUGCUGAUAGUGACUCCAGAUCAUUCAGCUAGAAGACACGCCAAACAUUAGGAACUAGUGACUAUGAAGCUAAAUUUGGCUUCGGGUCUGGUGCUGGCCCUCGCAACCGUGGAGGCGGUUGGGGCACAUUCGUGGUUCAGCAAAGCUGUGUACGACAAAUGGCAUGAGACCGAACUGGAGCGAUGGCUCAACGACCAUGACAUCCCGUAUCCUUCCCCUGCCGACCGCAAAGACCUCGAAAACGCUGUGAAGGUAAACUGGAACUCGAAAGUUCAAAAGCCCUUGGGACAAGCAGCGGACCAGGCUACUGAUCAGUGGCAUCAUGCCAAGGACUGGAUCUUUGAAUCCUGGUCUGAUUCCCAUCUGAAAGCUUUCCUUGAUCGGCAUGGUAUCCCUGCUCCUCAGCCGCGCAAGCGCGAUGUGCUGCUCAAGACGGCCCGUGAAAACUACGAAGCAAUUGCCAAAAGACUCGGGGAGGCUGCUUCUUAUCCUGGCAACUGGGUCUACGAGCAGUGGACUGAGUCCGAUCUGAAGGAGUGGCUUGAUGAGCGUGGCUGGCCGGUGCCUCAGCCUUCGACCCGUGACAAGCUAAUCGCAACGGUGCGUCGCAACGCUCGACUAGCCAGUCUACAAGCACGAAACCUCGCUGCUUCUGCUUCUAAAUCCGCAGCUGCCGCUCAGGCUACUCUGAGUGAAGCGCUAUUCAAUGCGUGGUCUGACUCGGACUUGAAGAAGUUCCUCGACGAACAUAAUGUCAAGGUGCCACAAGGCUCUAAGCGGAACGAGCUGAUUGCACUAGCCAGAAAGCACCGCGCCUCCCUGGUUAGUCAGGCCUCUUCUGCAGCUUCUACUGCAUCCCAGAGUGCUACCUCGACGGCAUCAGAACUGUAUGGCGCUGCUACUACUAAGGCUGGCAACGAGUACGCCCAAGCAACCGAUGCCGCACAGCUUAAGGGGGAGGAAGCCUUUGAUGCUGCUGUCACGGCCUGGUCCGAUUCCCGCCUCAAGGCCUUUUUGGAUGCACGAGGCGUCCCCGUUCCGCAGAGUAACAAGCGUGACGAGCUUCUUGCAAAGGUUAGACUGCACAAGCACAAAGCAGCGACUGGAUGGACCGCUUGGACUUUCGACACCUGGGAUACUGAGCACUUGAAGAAAUACUUGUCGUCCAUGAACGCCAAGGCAGCCCACCGUGCAGAUCUGACUCGGGAUGAGCUUGUGAAACAAGCUCAAGAUACUUACGCUAAAGCCUCCAAGGCUGGAGGAGCAAAUCUGGCAUCAGCUACGUCAUACAUGGCGCAGGCUACUGACGCUGUCAAGUCUUCCACCUUCGACACCUGGUCUCACUCUGAGCUUAAGGCUUACCUCGACUCCUACGGUAUUCCGGUCUAUCAAGGCUCUAGUCCCAAUGAACUACGCGCUGCAGUACGUCGUAAUGCCGAGUACUUCAGAUACGGCACUACCACUCCGCAAGGAACAAUCUAUGCCAAGAUCCAGGAUGCUACCAACUGGCUUCUGGAACAGUUAAAGAUUGGAGCGGCCAGUGGCCGGGCUCAGGGUCAGCGGGCUGCUGAGAAGGCGCAGGAGAAGGCUGCGGAGUCUGCGGAAGAAUUGCGAGCGGAGCUGUGAACUUGUGAAAAUCCAAGGAGUUCUCAAUCUCGGCCACGAUUUGAUGACUUGUAACAGUACCUUUUGAUUCUUUGUCGUUCUCUCUUGAUUUAUUUUGAAAAUGGAGUGGUAAUUACAGUGACCGUGCUGCUCAACUGCAAAAUGUUGUAUUGACAAUAUCACUACCUACUACGCCUCUGGGUGCUAUGAAUUGUGGUGGUAGCAGAUUUAACAUUAGUACUUAUAAUACGAUGGCAUU